GCACCAGAGUGUCACGUGACAGAUAUAGACAUGGCGUCCUCCAGGAGACGGCUGGUUUGUUUACGCUCUGGGAUUUGGAGCUUGCUAUUUUACUGCGUUUACUCUCAUCUAAAGCUUGUUCUGGCGGAGGAGGUGGACAGCUGCGACAACCUAAGACUCGGACAGUAUCUCUGCAACGACCCAAAGAUCGAUGAAGCCACUCAGGAGCCGGAGAACUGCAGGGACAUGACGGCCUGGGUGGAGUGCCUUCCAGCUCCGAACAUCAGCUGUCGGCUCUCUAACGGGACAGAGUUCAGGUUCAGCGGUGAGGAGGUGGGCUUCAACAAAACAAUCCCCUGCAGGAACGUGAGUGGUUAUUCCUACAAAGUAGCUGUGGCUUUGUCUCUGUUCCUGGGCUGGCUGGGGGCGGACCGCUUCUACCUGGGAUACCCUGCUCUAGGACUGCUGAAGUUCUGCACCGUCGGCUUCUGUGGAAUCGGCACUCUGAUCGACUUUAUACUGAUCGCCAUGCAGAUUGUGGGUCCUGCAGACGGAUCCAACUACAUCGUGGAUUAUUACGGCGCCCGGCUGACCCGUCUGUCCAUCACCAACGAGACCUACAGGAAGCCACACCUGUCUCUGUGAGCACACGCCGACGGGAACGCUGUUCGUCAUGUAAAUACAGAGAGGACUGCACAGGACAGAUGAUUCACACAACUUUAUUGACACGCUGACCCUGACAUUGAAAAAUGAACAGUUUAAGGAUAAAGAUUAUUCAAACCUGCACCACCCCGGAUCAGAAGGCAUUUAAAGGGCCACUCUGCUGUUUCUCUAUGUUUUUCAGCCCGUUAGCUCACAAACUGUAAACCUUCAUAUUUUGUCACUUUAGGUCACAUUCAUAUCCUGACAUCCAUCAAGCUGGUCAGUUUCUUGUUUGAUUUAAUAUGAUUUUGUUGUAAUAUAUUGUAUGUGUCAUUUCGCUGCUGUUUCAUCUUUAAGUUAUGAUGCUUUUCCACAAUAACAGACUUUGUAAAUAAAAGUUUUUCUUCUGUUAAUCUACGUUUGACCGUUUAUUUAACAUCACCAUUGUGUUGAUGUAUUGGUUUUAGAAGGUUUUUUUUGUUAUUCUAUAAUAAAGGCAU